AUGUCGCGCCCAUUCAGACCACGAGAUAUCGCCUGUGCCCGUUGUUUUCGCCUCAAGCGCAAAUGUGAUCAUGCGAAGCCUACCUGCGGCGAAUGCCGCCGUAAAGGCGCGGAGUGCCUCCCUGCCAGAUCGCGCAAGUCUGGAGAUAGCAUCACCAUCCCGGUCGCAUACCUGAAAGACCUCGAGAGGAGGGUGGCCGAAUUGGAAGGCUCAAAUUUAGGGGCAAACACUGGUGUGGAGCUGUGCGACGCGGGCGUACAGACUGAUUUUGUGGAGAAUGGGAACAUCGCUACGGGUAUAGCAUCGAGUGCGCAAUCUCCAUAUUGGGCCAAUGGGGCGGACGAAAGCCAAGCGCUGGUACUUUCGUCUGUUAUGCAGUCCCAAGGGCAGAACUCUCGGCUGUCACCAUUUUCGCCGUCGUCACUUACGGAUUCGAUUUUCCAAUUCAAUGAUGAAACCCUCGAUUUCCUUCGCCUCGAUAAACCAUCUUUUCCCCUUGUUGGCGAGGACUCCAUAUGGCUCACGGAGCUUUACACAAAUAUAUACUUUUCAAUAUCCCACCGCGAGUGGCCCUUCUUGAACGAGUCUGCUUGGAAGAAAUGGCAUCGCGAGGAGGGUGUAACGGGACAAGAAGAAUGGCGAUUCUUCUUUCUCCGCAUGGUGUAUGCCAUUGGGGCAUCACUCUGCAGCACAAUGCACAGAGACCCAGCACAUCUGACUCGCUCCAAAGAACUCUAUGCCUCCGCAAUGAAUUAUUAUCCACAGGUGGUGGGACAUCCGUCCAUGGUUCUACAAGUUCAAGCAUCUCUAUUACUCAUCGUCUAUGCAUUGCACUCUCCGUCGUCAGAGGAGAUGGCUACGACUGUCUCCUCAAUAUUACCAUUCUGCACCGCUGCAAUUACGCAUCUUCGAAAAUACGUCCGAAUUGACCGGGACGACGAGACAACCGCAACUUCUGGCGAGGUCAUGUCAGAGAAUAUGUUCAUCGCUUGCUACAUGCUAAACGAGGUCAUUGCAUCCGGAUGGGAUAGACCUGUAUCUCCUUCGUAUCGAAUAGUGGAUGACGAUCUUUGCAUUUUAGGAGACACAAUCCAACCUCCCGGUAAUGCAAAUCCCGCACUGGGUCAUUUAUUCCGACUGCGAAAAAUCCAAAAUAACAUUAGGAGGUCACUUGAGAGAUCGCGUUGGCGGUAUUCCGAAGAGAAGGAUGCUUUCAGUUCAUCACUAAAGUCUGCUCUGGAUAUCUGGAGACAGGAUAUACCCCGCUACGGAACCUCGAAUGUUUCCAGUGGAUUUUAUCACCCGAGUUGGAUGACGAAGUUGUAUGAUUAUAGUAUUCUUAUUUUGAUGGAAGAAAAGCGGAACUUCCUUGAUCACGAGGGAACAGAAAAGAUCUUCUCUGCCGUUGUAGAAGUCUGUCUGCAGUUCCGUCGAUUACAGGAGGAGGGACAUGUGAUGUGCUUUACUUGGUCUGCGCUCGUAUUCCAAUUCAGAGCUGCCAUCAUGCUCCUCUACCUAAUCUGGGCAACAAGACCAAUCAUGGUCAGUAUGGUUCUACAGGGUCAACAUUCCUAUGAUUCACCAGAAGCAAUCGACGCCUGUUUAAAGAACUUUGCAUGUUUUGCAGAACGCUGGGAGGAUGCCAUACCAUACUUCAAAUUGUUUCAAUUUUUGCAUCAGAAGAUCCUACAGACUACGGGGUCGUCUGCAAUGGAGGUCGAUCUCCCUGGCUUGGUAGAGGCGGAGACUCACUUGGAGCAGCUGAAGAAGAAGUAUCUACAUCGGGCCAUCUCGGGAAUGAUAGAGGAUAUGAUGUAUGGGGGGUUUACACAGUUUGAAGCGCUACAGGUACCAGACACUUUGGUAACUGAAAUACUGUGA